AUGACCAUACCAUAUGAGGCUCGCGGGCCAGAGACAUUCCUAAAGGCCGGAGUCAUAGCGUUCCCAAAUGGCAAGGUCCUCAUUCAGUAUGAUCCAGUUGAAGGUUGGUUGAGCGGUGGACCUGAUGCCUGCGACAUUCAGGCGGCUAAAAUAGAGCUAUGGUUUGAACGUAGCCCAUUCCCUCGCUACAGUGAUCAAUGGGAAGCGUUCCCAAGUCAAUUUCCGAGGUGGCCGUGGCCUGGACAACUGGACGCGGAUUCCGGCGAGGACACGGAGCUCCUCGAAUUCUAUCACCUAUAUAACGGGACUGACGAAGAAAAGCUGAACAAAUACAAGGACCAUUUGAAGCUCCAGAUGGAGCGCCGUUACAUCUUCAACCAAAUUCACGUCAAGUUUCCCAGCUUCCUCCAUUUCCUCUCUCUCAUGGGAGACUGUGGUAUCAGCCAGUUCUCUGACAUCCUCAGUGGACAAUGCUACAGGCACAACACUUCCGUCAACCCCAUCCUCGUUGGCUUUGACAGUGACGGCCUCUACUCUGGCAUUGGAAACGAAGAAUUCACAUGA